AUGGCCCUAUAUACCAGAUGGACACAGAGUGGUCUCCGACACAUUCAUCACCAACACUAUAACCCUCGACGAUGGCUCGCCACAAGUAGUCCUCAAGUAGUUACCUUCGACCCUCUCUCCCAGACACCAUUUACCAGCACUCCCCAGGCUAAAUACUGGAGAAAUAUCCCAUUCUGGAAAGACGUCUCAGAGAACGAAUUCAUCAACUACAAGUGGCAGAUAAAACAUUCCCUCCAAAACGCAACCUCCCUCCUCACCUUCCUCGCCUCAGUUCUCCCAUCCAGUAUCCCCUCGCCUUCAACUAACGGAAAUGCAACCCGCGAGGAAUUCAUCGCGGAUGUUGCCGCGGGCAUGAAACGAGCCCCUAUGGCAACCAGGCUCACGCCACAUAUCCUCUCUCUGGUCAACUGGGAACAGGCUUAUUCAGACCCUAUCAGGCGGCAGUUCAUUCCCCUAGCUUCGUCGUUUCAACCAGACCACCCGCGGUUGCAGCUAGAUUCGCUACAUGAGAGUCUGGAUUCACCUGUGAAAGGAUUAGUACAUCGGUAUCCAGACAAAGUGUUGUUCUUGGCCUCUUCCGUGUGUCCUGUGUACUGCCGCUUCUGCACACGCUCGUACUCUGUCGGCGCAAAGACCGAAACCGUCUCAAAGAAGCGCUUCCUACCGCUGCGCAAAUACUGGGAGCCCAUGUUUAAGUACAUCGCGCGCACCCCUACCGUCACAGACGUCGUGGUCUCCGGUGGCGACUCGUAUUUCCUGGAACCAGCACAACUGCGCGAGGUAGGCGAAGAACUUCUGAGAAUCGACAACGUGCGUCGGAUCCGCUUCGCGAGUAAAGGACUAUCUGUUUGUCCGUCACGGAUCUUGGAUUCCACCGAUGAUUGGACGCGGACAUUGAUUGAAAUCAGUAACCUGGGGAGAAAGAAGGGAAAGAGCGUGGCGUUGCAUACGCAUUUUAACCAUUCACAGGAGAUCUCGUGGGUUACGGAGCAGGCGGCGCAGAGGCUGUUCGAGAAUGCGGUUACGGUGCGCAAUCAGACGGUUUUGUUGAAUGGGGUAAAUAAUGAUGUUGCUACGAUGAAGGAGCUGAUUCGGCGUUUGGCUGAUAUAAAUAUCCAGCCGUACUACGUAUACCAAGGAGACAUGGUCCAAGGAGUGGAAGACCUACGGACACCACUACGUGACAUUCUUCACAUAGAAUCGCAUGUUCGCGGCACAAUUGCUGGUUUCAUGACACCUUCAUUUGUGGUCGAUCUUCCGGGGGGUGGAGGAAAGCGUCUGGCGCAGACAUUCCAGAGCUAUGAUCAGAAGACUGGGGUAUCGAGAUUCGUGGCGCCAGGGGUGAAGGGGGAUACGGUUCAUGAGUAUUAUGAUCCGUUGUGGUCGUUUCCGUAG